GUUUGUUAAGUGGAAGAACCUUAUAAUAUACGUACAAUAAUCACAUAUAAUGAACACUAUGACUUAUAUUUAGGUAGACUCUAAUAAUGUUAAGUUCGGCUUGGAUUUGUAAGAGUAUGUAGGUACCUUGUAUGUGUUUGAUUUGAGCGAAUCCGUAUACUGACUUAUACGAGCAUGUAACCGCAUAUACGCCGUAUUGAGGAUGUUUAAUUGGGCUUCAUGGUCUGGCAUUAGGUAUUCAGUCGUCAAGAGUUUCUUAAGACUCAAGUAUAAGUAUUCAUUCAUCCUUCUUUUCUUUUUUUUUUUUUCUUUUUUUUGCCUCAAAAUUAUAGUUCGCGCUCAUCAGACUCGAAUAUCUCAUUCAAUCUUUAUCUCUUUGCAACCACAACUAUAGUCUAUUAUCCCAAAAUGCUUACUAUUAGUCGCUUCGCUACCACCGUCCGCAGUAGCGCGGGUGCUAUGAAAAGUCGCAUCGCGUAUCCUUACCUCAGACCCACACUCAGCUCGCAUCUUUUGAACCAAUUAACUCGAGUUACCACUUCCAAGUUCUCAACUUCAAGUUCUGGCCUUUCAGCAAAGCGACCUACAAACGACCCUUCCAAGCAGCCCGAUGAAAUUCCGCCUAUGGGCUUCAGUUUGGAAGGAUUGGGCAUGACCCGAAGGACCAAGAUCGUUGUCAUUAUUAUCAUAAGCAUAUAUGGUACUAUGGAAACUAUUUUCUAUGCCAGGUGGUUUUGGCAUUGGUAUUCGGGUACCGAGGAUAACGAGACAGAAAGCAAGGCUUGAGCCCAACUUUACUCUACCAUUCCAUUUCUCGUUCGACUAUGCAGUUCAUGCAGUUGACCCGGGCUCUCUCUGCAGUAAGCCGGGAGAGUUUCUGCCAUGUAGAGAGUACCUUGUAUUAUAUGAAUGUCUCGGAGGAGACUAUGGUUUAAUUCACCGCUCAAUUCAAAAAGAGACCAGCUUUUGCACUACUAUCCGAGUGAUGGGCUUUUUAGGUGAACUUGGAACUUGGAAGGCUUGAUAUAUUUA